CUCGAGACUCGUUCUUCCCAAACACCCCAACACCUCCGGCUCGGAAAAAGAGUCCAAGCCUCGGACUCGAUCAACGCUGAAAGCGCAGCGACCGGAGCCCUGUCCCUAAAUCCGGCCUUGUUCUUUUUUCCCUUUCUCCAGUCUCGGCGUUGAGCACACAUCCUGAAUGUUCGCCUCCAGCCUCCGCCGGGACUAUGACCCGGUUCCUUCGGGAGAGGACGAUGUAGCGGCUCGAGACGCAACAGCUGCCGUGCCGACGGCACGAAUCCCAAAAGCCGUGCUGCGGCUACACCUGCUGUGUCUCUUUUUCGCCAUCGGCUCCUCUGUCUGGGGCUAUAAUGUCGGCGUCCUCUCCUCCAUCAUGGUGCACCCGGGCUUUGUCGCCGCCGUCGGCGGCCUCGGUCCGAGCCGCAAGGGCGUCGUCACGGCCGUCUACUACGUCGGGACGUGGACCUCGUACGUCUUUGUGUCUCGCGCCGCCAGCGACCUGCUGGGCCGUCGCUUCGCUGCCCUGUCCGGCGUCGUGGUCGCCUGCGUCGGGACCGCGCUCCAGGCCUCAGCCGCCGGGCCCGCAGCCUUCACUAUGGUCAUAUGCGGCCGUAUUGUGGCGGGUGUCGGCGUUGCCAUCUUGAGCACCAGCGUGCCCUUGUACCAAAGCGAGAUCUCGCCAGCCAAGGAGCGCGGCCGAUUUGUGGUCAUGAACCACGUUGGUUUCGUUGUUGGCCUUGCCAGUGGAUUCUGGGUCGGAUACGCCAUGACUUUCUGGGACACUCCGUACGGUGCUGACUCUGGGUGGCGCUAUUCCUUUGCCGUACAGUUUAUCCCUUCGGCAAUAUUCGCCUUUGGCCUCCCAUUCCUUCCCGAGACACCGCGGUGGCUUGUAGAGCAUGAUAAACUCGAUCUCGCACGGCGCUCGCUCCAUUAUUUCCGCGAGGGAUCAUUCACCAACCGUGAGAUCUCGCACGAGUUCGACGCCAUGACAGCCUCGGUAGCUGAGUUCAGGGCUUCAGGCCUGACAUCGUGGCGCUGCCUCUUCACCGAGCCCUCGCUCUUCCGGCGGCUCUGGCGCGCCGCACUCCUGCAGUUCAUGGGCCAGAUGUGUGGAGCGACAGCUAUGAAGUACUACCUUCCGACGCUCCUAGAGGUUCUCGGCCUCGAUCACAGAGUUGCCCUUAUGGCAGGCGGCAUCGAAAGCACCCUCAAGAUAGGGAUGACACUCCUAGACAGCAUUCUCAUAGACCGCAUGGGCAGGCGUUUAACUCUGGCUGUCGGAGCUGGCGCCAUGGCCUUUGCAAUGCUGAUAAACGGCGCCCUUCCCUUGAUUUUCCCAAAUAACACCAAUCGCGCAGCAGACAUCACUUGUGUAGUUUUCAUAUUCAUAUACGCACUAGGCUUUAGCAUGGGCUUCGGCCCCGCCGCCUGGGUUUAUGGCGCAGAGGUCUUCCCCACUGCCAUUCGCGCCCGCGGACUCAAUCUCGCUGCCUCUGGGGGCUCGAUCGGUUCUAUACUCGUUGCCCAGAUAUGGCCACUUGGCAUCCACCGCAUCGGAACUAAGAUCUACUUCUUUUUCAUGGCUGUCAAUCUGAUAUGCGUCCCUGUAAUCUAUAUACUGUACCCUGAAACCAAGGGUCGUGCUCUUGAGGAUAUGGACGUCUUGUUUGGAAAGAUCGGCGAGGCUUCUGUAGACGGCCGCCAGCCAGAACGUCCUAGAGCGGCGGGUGGCCGCCAACGCCACAAAUCGAGGACCAGCGGGGAGGAGAGCACGAGGCUUGUGCAGCAAUAGGAUCGUUCACAGCCGGCAGCCGCCAUACUCGGUUCCGAAUACAGCUCAGGCUACCAAUGCGUGUGGUCUAAACAUAUACCCCAUUGCCCGCAUCAUGUCAUAUCUCACAGGCUGCCCUUGACUGGUGUAGUUACCGCCGAAAAAAUGGUGCUCCUGCAAAUGAUUGAUGAGCCAGCGCUGACC